GAAAUUAAUACUCUUCUUCACUCUAUUUUAUAAUGGAAAGUGAUAUUUCACCAAAAACAGAUGAAGAAAAUAAUAAACCUCGACCUAUUAAAAGAAGAGCUCGUAUGGCACUGUCCUGUCAAAGAUGUCGUAAACAUCGUUCAAAAUGUUCUCGUUCAAGACCUGAAUGUGAACAAUGUUCAGCUGUAGGCGCUUCUUGUGUUUAUUUAGAAGCACCAGGUGAUCUUGAAAGCACAGCAUUACGAGACCGUUUUGCAGGACUAGAGAAUCAAAUUCAUUCACUUAUUAAUGAAUUUGGACACCUUGAACAAAUUGUUAAAUCAACAGUUACUACCAAUAAUCAAACUAAUACUGAAUCAACAAAAGCCACUUUAGACAUUCCAUCCCAUAUAAGAACUAAUUCACUCCAGAAAUGGAAAAUUCACCAAUUAAGCCCAGGAGGCUUGUCCAUAGAUACUCAUAUGUUUCAUGUUACUGACAUUUAUUCAACUUUAAUUCAAUUUGCAAAAGAUAAUACAAAUACUCUUACUUUAUACCCUAAACCAGAACAACAAAAGAAGCCAGUUUGGCUUAUACGUAAUCAUUCUUUAUUUCCAAAUGUACGUCUUAGUCAUUUUACAAGUUUAAGACCUGAUGUUCAUGACGGAGAAGACACCUCAGAUGAUGAUCCACGAAAGAAUUCAACAAUAGACGUAGAAGAGGAUGAAGAUAAUUUUUCUUCUUUAGAAAAAGAGGAAAUGAUGCCAGAACCUUUGUCACCUAUUUUAGUUGAACGAUUGCUAUCCCUUUACAAAAGAUGUUUAUUAUAUGGCGCUGUACAACCAUUUGAUACUCUCUUUAAAGCUCUCUUAUUAGAUCCGCAUAACUUAUCUCCUACAUUUCAAUUACUUUAUGCUUCUAUUAUUUGUCAUAUGCUACCUCAUGCAUUCUAUUGGCACAAAGAAAUUUUUGAAAAUUUAAUGGACAAGUCUACAUGUGUGCAUCUCUCGAUACAAUACUACAAAUGGGCUAAGCGGCUCUUAUCAUCUAUUUAUUUUGACGCACCUAGUCUUACUACAUGUCAUGCCAUCUGUAACCUUGUCCUUUAUCAUAUUGAGAAUGGAAAUACAUCUGUCAUCUAUAUCUAUUCGGGUAUGGCAGUACGAAUGGCAUUAUCACUUCAACUCUAUCGUGAAGAUGCUCUUGAUUCAAUUGCUCAGCAGCAGAUAGACCUCUUUCCAAUCGCUUAUCGUCCCCCUGUCCUGAUAGUAAAAGAAUAUGCAAGGUCCUUACUUUGGUUUAUGUAUUUCUUGGACACUGCUUCCUCUCAUUAUCAUAAUAAGCCUUACGAAAUACAUUUGGAUGAUCAUGUCAGUACCACAACUUAUUUUAAAAAGAACCCUGCUGCUCUGCUAUCGAGUGAGAUAAAUGAACAACAGGCCUUCUUUCAAUUUAUCGAAUUUCAUACCUGUCAAAUCACUCGUGAUAUCCGACGUACUAUCUUUACACACCCUGAAGAGAGACAGACAGCGUAUGAUGAAAUUGAACGUAUCGAGAAACGAUUAUUAAGCUUUCAAAAGCAAUUACCUAAUCUACAUAAAGGAAUGAUACAUGAUAGUGAUAUAUGGGAACGAAGAUGUUUCUUUAAACAAUGGAUUCGUCAUCAUGGGCAUUGGAUCUUAAUUCAUCAGACUUAUUUACCAACUCCCAUGUCUGUACAGCGAUGCACAACAGCUGCCUUUGCCCUAGUUGACUUGUUUGAUCAUUGGAUAGUGAAUAUGGAUUGUUAUUUUAGACCUUGUGUCCAUGAGUUAAAACAAGCAUGUGAGAUUCUAUUAUAUCAUGUUGAUCAAAAUACACCCAUUAAAGAUAAGGCAUUAGAGGGCUUGAUGCGAUUAAUUCAAGUUUUACUUAAAACUCCAGUCGGUGAAAUUGCUAGAACACGUCCAUUUGUUCAACGUGUCUUAAAAGUUAUUGAAGAAAAUAACACUAGUUUAUGAUAUAUAAAUGCAUAUAUAUAUAUAGAUAGACGUAUUGUGUGUGUAUGUAUGUAUGUAUUCCAUUCAAUGUGUGAGGUGGACUAAUGAUAAUGUCUUGAGG